ACGACCAGGCAUGUAGAAGCUGCGAUGUCUCCCAUCGGGUUGCUCAGCCUUUGCCCACAGAACACCCCAAAACUACCAUCAGCACCACUUCACCGCGGAGUUCAGUCCAGAACAGACCUGAACAACACCCAGCCAAUUAUUGCCUUUUUCAUCCAACUAUGCACCAGAGCCAACACGGCAAACCUCGGCAAUCCUCUGCUGGGGCGAUGAAGAGGGGAGCAGAGUAUAAAGCAGGAGUCAAUUCCAUCCGAAAAUGUGGACAGGACCUUUGUCGGGAUGACCAGGUCUGCUGCGCACAGGAAAACAACACCACUGCCGUCACCUGUUGCAAGCAGUUCGUGGACAAGACAUACUACAACAUCGCCAUGGUCACGCGGAAACUUUCUGGGGUGCUUAUUAUGCUGCUUCUCUUCGCUGUGGGAUACUUUGUCCAGCGAAUGUUGUGUUCCAGAUCCAGGCAGCUCACCCCGCCAAACAACGGACACCCAACCGUUACCACGUCACAGGAGCCGCUUAUGGAGAGCAGCACACCGGACAGCUUUUUGGACCCAGCUCCUGCUGCUCAGCUGCCCUCAUACGAUGAAUGCAAACGCCUGCCGACAUAUGAAGAAACAGUGCGGGAUGGGAGCAGAGGGCGGCCGAAGUUCAACAUGGGACAAGCUACAAGGACGUCCGUUGGAUAAAUUAGGGUUUAGGGUUUUACUAUAUGACACUAUAGUUUCGACAUUUGAGAUUGUGUUUCAUAUAGCCUAAUUAUAAUGGACAUUUCAGAAACACACAGCCAAACUGCCCAGGACGUUGUCUGCUAUUUCCCCUGUAGCAGCCUCAAUAUUGUGCAAGAAGCGUAUUCAUACUAGCCAUUUUAUCGCUUAUUGCUCAUUUGUUCCGAGGAAUGUAUCAGCGAGUGCUUAAGGUUAGUUCUAUUUUUGAAUAAGGCACGCUUUA